UUUUUAGAAAAAAAAUGAUUAGAAGAGUUUAUGAUGAGCCAAACCCUUAUAUGCCUGAACUUAAAAGGAAAAGGGAAAAUCCAAAUAAUAAACCUUCAAGUUCAAACAAUACACGGCAAUUUAAAAGCAGAGCAAUACCUCCUGAACAGAGAAUAAAGACACGCUUACAAUCAGUUGAUGCUUAUACUCGGCAUAAAAUGAUGAUAAAUAAUUAUGUUACAUAUUAUAAAGGAUCUACAACAAAAUUGCAAAGAGAUACUAGCAAUGAUAAAAAUGAUUUUGAUAUAAUUAGGGAGAAUCACCGCUUCCUUUGGUCAGAUACGGAAAUGACUGAAGCAGAAGCGAAUUGGGGGGCUCGACUAGCUAAGCGCUACUAUGACAAAUUAUUUAAAGAAUAUUGUAUUGUUGAUUUAACUAAAUACAAACAAAAUGUUUAUGCAAUGCGUUGGAGAACUGAAAAAGAAUUAUUUUCUGGGAAGGGGCAAUUUGAAUGUGGAAAUAAAUAUUGUAAAUCUAAGGAGGCAUUGUCUAGUUGGGAGGUAAACUUUGCAUAUACCGAACACGGUGUUAGAAAGAAUGCGCUCGUAAAAGUUCGUUUAUGUCCUGAAUGCUCGGCAAAAUUAAACUUUCACAGUCAAAAAAGAUUAAUUAAAAAAGAGAAAGCUUUGAUAAAAUCAAAAAUAAAAUCAGAAAAGGAAGAGGAAAAGGAAGAAAAAAGGAGAAAAAGAAGGGAAAGGAAAAACAAGAAGAUUAAAAAAUAUUUGAGUAAAACGGCAAGUUCGUCUUCUUCUUCAGAUGAUACUUUUGAUGAAGGCGAAGAGAGUGUUGAUGAAGAGGAUAAAAAUAUUCAAGAACAAAAAUUAUCUGAAGAAGAAAAGAGAAAAAUUGACGAGGAGGCAGCGAAUAAAGCCUCAGUACAAUCUGCUUCUGAAAUCUGGAGUAGCAAAACUGCUGUCUUAGAAGCUGAGAAAACUGCUGAUGAGGAAUUUGAUGAAUUUAUUGAUGAUUUACUUUUGUAA